AUGGUGUACAAUGAGAGUGUGGUAGAAGAACGCUUCAAGUUGCGGAUGUGGAUAUGUGUCUCGGAGUACUUUGAUAACAAAAGACUGGUUCGUGAGAUUACAAGUGCUGCAACUAAGAGCAAAUGUGAAGAAACUACUUUGGAUCUUAUGAAGACAGGGUUGCAAGAUAUAUUGAGAGGGAAACAGUUUUUGUUAGUCUUGGAUGAUGUUUGGGAUACAAUUCCAUUAGGAGUGACAACUCAAAAAUGGAGAGAACUUAAAGCGUUGUUAAAUGUUGGAGCAUGUGGGAGUAAAAUCAUGGUAACAACACGCAAUGAAUCAGUUGCUUCGCUUGUGCAUCCUGUACAUCUGCAUUCUUUGGAAGGUCUUUCUCACGAGGACUCCACGGCUUUGUUUAGAAAAAAUGCAUUCAACGAAGGGGAGGAGCAACAGUAUCCACACUUGAUGAAAAUCGGGGAGGACAUUAUGAAGAACUGUGCUGGGGUUCCCUUAGCACUAGCUACUCUAGGGAGUCUGCUCUACACAAAAAGGGAGCGACGUCAGUGGUUACAAGUAAGAGAUGAUGAAGGCAUGUCAGGAGAGAACAACAUUAUGGCUGCACUAAAAUUGAGCUACAAUGCAUUGCCGCCACACUUGAAACCUUGUUUUGCAUUUUGUUCACUUUACCCCAAGGAUUAUGAAUUUCAUAGUCAAGAAAUAGUUGCAUUAUGGAUGGCACAAGGCUUCCUCAAAUCAUCAAGAGAAAAUGAAGAUUUUGAUGAGUUGGGUCUAGACUAUAUAAGGCAGUUUUGUUACAAGUCUUUGUUUCAACCAGAGUUAGAUAGAAAGACUGAAAUGCAGUUCAAGAUUCAUGAUUUAGUGCAUGAUUUAGCAAUAGCAGUGGCAGGAAUAGAGUGCUCCACAGUUAACAAGCGUCCAUUAGCGUCGCUCAGGAAAUCUAAAUAG